AUGGCGGCUAGCGGCGUCGAGCUUGGCGCUCUGCCCUCCGCCUACGAGGAGCUGGGCGAGAACUCGGCGCGCACUCCCUUCGACGACAACGCCGACCCCGCCGUCAUAGCGCUCGAGCAGACGGUGGCCGACCUGCUGAACCGGCGCCGGCCGUGCCACCACUCGCCGGUGAUCGUGGCGGUGCAGCUGCUGCUGCUCGGGUGCGCGGUGCUGCUCCUCGCGCUGCCGUUCGCACUCCUCGUCUGCCUCGUCCGCCUCCUCCCCUGGCUGCCGCUCCCGUCCUCGCUGCCGCACUCGGUGCAGACCGUGCUUCGAGGGUCGCGGUGGGAGGCGGCGGAGCGGGCGAGGCGGCGGUCGCGGCCGGUGGUGGCGCGGUGGGCUGCCGCAGCGACGCGGCGGCGGCCCGAGGGCCUCGAGCCGGACGACGGCGAAACGUCCGGGACGCCUCCGCUGCUUCCCGAGACUGAGACGGCCGGCUUGGACUGGGGGGAGCUGCACUGCGGCCUGUGGUGGGCGAGCGGCGGGUGGGACCCGGCGCAGCCGACGGUGGUGUACGUGCACGGCUGGGAGCCCGGCACGACCGCGCGCGGCUUCCGCGAGACCUUCAACUGGAGGCGGAACGUCAAGCAGCCCUCGCUCGGCGUCAAGGGCGAGAGGGUGCCCGACAUCGACGCGGCGGAGCUGUGGGCGGCGCGCGGCUGGAACGUGGCGCUCUUCUACUGGAACCAGUUCGCGGACGACACGCUGCACGAGGCGGAGCGCAAGAUCCACAGCGCGCAGCUCGUGCUCGAGGCGGUGGGUCGGCUGGUCGAGCGGCAGCCGCCAAAGGGGCGGCGCCACCUCCACCUGGCCGAGGUGAGCAUGCAGGAGGCGCCGCUGCGGAUCGCUCUGCUCGACCCAUUCUUCAGCCCCGGCGCCAAGCAGUACUUGCCUCGCCAGACCUCGCCCGCCGCCAGGGGCGUCGCAAACCUCUCCGCCGCCUUGCGUUCGCUGCCGCACUUGCCCGUCGAGCUGUACCGCGCCUCCAUCCUGGGCGACCCUCCGCUCUGCGCCGCGCUGCUGCCGCACCUCGGCGACCCCACGCCGCAGCUGCACGAGCUCGCGGCCUUCGGCUACGUCGUCCCGCCGGGCGUCCACCCGCUCUCGCCCCGCGCGCGCCACAUCGCCGCCGUCGGCCUCUACUUCCUGUCGAUCGCGCACGAGGAGGACGCGCACACGCCGUGGGAGGGGAGGAUGCACCCGCGCGCGCACGACGGGCUCAUCUGCGAGCGGAUGGUCGCGCAGACCAUCCGCUCGCAGUCGGCGCAGCGGGCGGCGCCGCAGCCGCUGCAGCCCGCCACGCCCGCUUCGCUGCUCGCCUUCCUCAGCCGCGCCGACCGCGACGGAAACCUCUCCGACGACCGCGGCUCGGUCGACUCGAAGACGGAGCUGCUCGAGAGGAAGGACUCGGUGCAGGAGUUUGACGACGCGCCGCACGACGCCGUCAAGCUCGACCUCGCCGGCUGCUUCGCCGACCCGUCGGUGCUCGACCCAUCGCCGCCCGAGCAUCGCGGACCGGGCGCCGUCGCCGGCGCGAGCGUGUCCGGCCUGGUCGUCGACGUGGUGUGA